UUUCUGGGGCGCCUCCUUCCCUGCUCCCGCCCUGCUCCUGUCGCGAGCCGGCCCGGGUGCGGUCAUUUACUAGGCCCGUUUCCCGAAGUUCCCCUCUUCCUGUGUGUGUUCUGAUCCCAACUGCUUUCAGGACAGCGCUUGCUUCUAGCGAACGAUAAUAAUAAUAAAUAAAAUUUUUAAUCCCAACGUGGGAAUGCUGCCUCCGGAGCGCACACCAGGCCCUGACAGUUUAGCUUCUUGAAGUUGUCCAGUGGAAGACUUAUUCUUAGAACUGCUCGAGUUUGACAAACAGGAUGAAGCAAGAUGCCACAAGAAAUCCUGCCUACACUGUGGACUGUGAAGAUUUUGUGCAUGUGGUAGAAUUUAAUCCCUUCGAGAGUGGGGAUUCAGGAAACCUGAUUGCAUAUGGUGGCAAUAAUUAUGUGGUGAUUGGCACAUGUACAUUUCAGGAGGAAGAAGCAGACGUUGAAGGCAUUCAGUAUAAGACCCUGCGGACACUGCACCACGGCGUGCGGGUAGACGGCAUAGCGUGGAGCCCGGAGACCAGACUUGACUCGCUGCCGCCCGUCAUCAAAUUUUGUACAUCAGCUUCUGAUCUGAAAAUCAGGUUAUUUACUUCAGAUCUUCAGGACAAAAAUGAAUUUAAGGUCUUAGAGGGCCACUCGGAUUUCAUUAACAGCUUGGCAUUUGACCCCAAAGAAGGCCAGGAAAUUGCAAGUGUGAGUGACGACCAUACCUGCAGGAUCUGGAACUUGGAAGGAAGGCAGACGGCUCACUUUGCUCUUCAUUCCCCGGGUAUGAGCGUGUGCUGGCAUCCUGAGGAGAAUUUUAAGCUGAUGGUUGCAGAGAAGAAUGGAACAAUCCGGUUUUAUGAUCUUGUGACUCAUCAGGCUAUUUUGUCUCUGGAAUCAGAACAGAUACCUUUAAUGUCAGCACACUGGUGCUUAAAAAACACAUUCAAAGUCGGAGCCGUUGCAGGAAACGAUUGGUUGAUUUGGGAUAUCACUCGGUCCAGUUACCCCCAAGAGACAAGACCCGUUCACAUGGACCGAGCCUGCCUGUUCAGGUGGUCCACGAUUAGUGAGAGCUUGUUCGCAACCGCUGGUUACCCAGGCAAAACAAGCAGCCAGUGUCAGAUUCAUCACCUCGGGCACCCUCAGCCCAUCCUCGAGGGCUCGGUGGCCAUCGGCUCCGGCCUCUCCUGGCACCGGACUCUCCCGCUGUGCGCCAUGGGAGGAGACCGCAAGCUGUCCUUCUGGGUGACCGAGGUGUGACACAGAUGGCGUGCGCACUCUCAUUCCUAAAAUGCAUAUUUCUAGUACAUAUUUUGGAGAAUCCCUUAUGUUUAAACCAAAUAUACUGUAAAUGUUAGAAAUAUUUCAGUUGUUGCUUUUGUUAAAUAAAAUGUUGAUGGUUUGAAAAAUUAUUUUCCUGCUCUGUUGUGUGUAGAUACGUACACUUACGCCAUUUCGUGUGAUUGCACAGUUAACUUUGCAGCUCGGCUGCAGAGACGAGAUGGACGGGAAAACUGCGCUUUUGGUUUUGUUAAAGGAUUAUUCAGAGCGCAUUCCGACUCCGGCUUGAGUGGCAGUGGCUGAUGUAUAUCCGCGUCCACGAACACAUGUUGUUAGCGGUCUGUGCGUGCCGGCCGUGGUGAUGUCCUCGGUACUGCGUUACCCAGUCUAAUACCAAAAAAAGACUUGCACCUUCUUUAAAAUGCGACCCACUGUGCCCGUUUGCUGCCUAGACUCCCUGCGUCUCGGCUCCUAGAGCGUCUGGAGCGGGGCGGAGGGGCCUUGGGAAGAAGGCUGGUUGCGUCCUUCGCGGCUUCAGCUCUCGCUCUCGUGGGCGCCACUGCUCUAAGCACGGGCCGGGUAGAAGCUGCACUGCGGAAAUCAGCCCGCCCUGCUUCGGAGACACCGUGACGGAGUCGGAAAGAGGAGGAAGGACCCCGCCAGGUGAGCAGGGGUACACGCUGCACGUGCCGUCCCUGCAAGGCCGUGCUGUGCUGCCGCACCAAGUCCUGUGCGGUGGGGGUUGAGACCACUGUCUGCAGGGCUGACGUGCGAUUAGCGGCGAGUGAAAAGACCUGGCGUCUCCUCCACGCCUUCCAGAGAUGUGUUUGUCACUGAUUUACUUCAGGCCUGUAUAGUUUUAUUGUUUU